AUGGCCGAGAGUCCGUUCUUCUACUACGACGACGACUUCUGGAAAGCCGAGUGGCGCGUAAAUGGCGCCUGGAAUUCUAUAAUCAGCGCCUACUUCCCGCAUGGCAUAAACAGCUUCGAUUGGAUUGUGGCUCCAGAAGCAUAUCCCACGUGGGAUGAGACCCAGAGCAAGGCUGCUGACCUCAUGGUGGCGGCAAUCGAAUCAGACGAUGGAGCACUACCACUCAAACUCUCAACACCCGUAUUGACGUACGAGGGUAAAGGCAGCACUUCUGCACAAGGCUUCGAUAAAAUUGCACAGCAAAUUCUCGUAUGGUGCCAACGCGGCGUACUAUUCGGGAGCCCCUUCUAUUCUGCCUUUUGUUGCUGGGCCGUCGGCACUCAUGGCAAGCUCGCCAAGUUCUAUGCCUUUGACGGCCAGAAUCUCGUACCGAUUGGAUGUGGGCGAGACGCGCACGGUGGGCUGGAGGUCAAGCGAAUGGCUGGCGACUUCCAAGAUAUCACCACGCUGGCGGGAUGGCAGUACGUUGACUUUAUGCUCUCAAAGGUGCAGGCGAACCCGCAUAUCACAGCUCAAGAGAUCGCUAACCUGCCGGUUUGA